AAUAUUCACCAAGCUAGGUGAGCCCGCGCUGCCGACGAGCGACAUGCCGUUUGCACUAUCUUUCCUUCGGGUAGAGGUGCUCACCCGUAAACCUGCAUCGCAGAGAACAAUCCAGAGGUGAUGAACGCUCUAGCCAAGAAGCUCGGCCUCUCCGACGACCUAACCUUCUACGACGUCUACUCAUUGGACGAGCCUGAACUGCUCGCCAUCAUUCCCAUUACCCCAGCGUGGAAGAAAGACCGCGAGGCAGAGGACGAGGCGCUCGGCGAUCCGGCCACCUACUACAAUGGCGGAGAGGCCACCGGGGCCGGGGAGGAACCGAUCAUAUGGUUCAAGCAGAUCAUCGGCGACACAUGCGGCUCCUACGGCUUCCUACACUGUGCCAUCAACGGCCAGACACCCAAGUUUAUCCUUCCCGGGAGCACUCUCGAGCGGCUGCGCAACGACGCCAUGCCGCUGCCCAGGGACGAGCGGGCCCGGCUGCUGCACGAUAGCAAGGAGUUUGAGGAGGCCCAUCGGUCCGUUGCCGCGCUGGGGGAUACCCCAGAGCCCAGCGAGGGGGGCCCCGAGCACAGCGGCCAGCACUUCGUAGCGUACGUCAAGGUGAACGGCCGCCUCUGGGAGCUCGAGGGUUCACGGGAGGGGCCGCUGGACCGAGGCCCGCUCGGGGAGGGCGAGGACGUCUUGAGCCACAGAGCACUGGACCUGGGCCUGAAGCGCAUCAUGAACCUGAGCGCCGGCACCGACGAGGAGAACAUCAACUUUAGCUGCACGGUUCUCGCCCCCCGGACGGCCUGACGUCUGGGUCGAGAGCGCGGCCGACAGUUCGG